UCCCUGUUUGUUUGUUCAAUAACAAAAAGGAAACAAAAUAGAGUAGAAGUGUGCUAUUCUGGAGCAGUGUCAAUAAAUCUUUACUUCUAUUAAAAAAGAAAUAAAAUAUUUUUUGUUUAGUAUAUUGAUUAAAGAUUAUCUGAAAGAAAAGAAAAUGUCGCAAGGAACUGCACGCAAAGAGAUAACCGGACUCAAUCGCAUGACGCAAAAGGGAUUAAAGGACCUGUGCAAAAGGGACAAAUUAUAUCAGACGCCGCGUUUAAAUGAUGUACUCUAUUUGCACUAUCAGGGCUAUCAGUCCAUCGAGUGCUUGGAAGAGUAUACGGAGCUGAAGUGUUUGUGGCUGGAGUGCAAUGCAAUUUCUGAAAUUCAGGGAUUGGAAAAACUAACCAAAUUAAAGUGUCUCUUCCUGCAGAACAAUCUGAUCACAACGAUUGAGAAUUUGGAACCCUGUCGCGAACUAGAUACCUUAAAUCUAAGCUCAAAUCAUAUUCGCAAAAUUCAAAACAUUGGCACUGAUAUUUUGCCAGUUCUGAAUACCCUAAAUAUAUCAUCGAACUAUCUAAAGGACUGUGAGAGCCUAUCAGACUUGGUUCAAUGCAAAACACUGUCUGUUUUGGAUUUAUCAAAUAACAGAAUAGACGAUAUUUUGAUUGUGAAAGUAUUUGAGCAGAUGCCCAGCUUGAAAGUUUUGGUGUUGCAAGGAAACCCAGUAGUGUCCCGAUUGCCACAGUAUCGUAAGACAUUGAUACUGGCCUGUAAAGAAUUAACUUAUCUGGAUAGUCGCCCGGUGUUUCCCCGUGAUCGAGCGUGUGCUGAGGCUUGGAAGCAAGAUGGCUACGAAGGAGAGCGCAAGGAAAACAAUCGUUGGAACCGUGCUGAACGCAGAAAAACCCGCGAGAGCGUUAAUUGUACCAUACGCAUGCGCAAUCGUCACCGUCCACCUGAUCAGCAGGAUCCCCUGUUGAAAUCCAGUGAUUCCGAGGACGACACAACUGCCGAAAAGACCCGCAAGAAGGUCGAGCUGGAGAACGGUGGAGUCGAUGAUUUGUGGGAUGAGGUGUCGGGUGAACAGCCAAGCUCGGAGCACAGCACCACCAGUUCCAGUUCGGCGGAUGACAAUGGGGGUGCAGGCUCUCAGGACGAUGACAUAGCUGAGAAUAUAAGUAAUCGCAACCGAAGGCCGCCUGAGGGUCGUCCAAAGUGUCUGUAUGAACCUGACUUGGACAAUGUAGAGGAAAUCGAGGAAAAGGUGAAGGAAGGAAACCCCGAAAGCACAAAAUCCAACGGCUCUGAGGACGCUAAUAAAAAUGAACUUGUUGAUAGUAAAGAAAAAGGAAAUUUCGUUCGUGUUCCAAUUGAAGAGGCCAAACUAGAAGAACUAAAUAUUAGAAAAGAAAAUCGAGAAGACGAUGAUAAAACUGAUUCAAUAGAAGAUUCCAAAAUAGAUAAUCCUGAGGAAACGGCCGAGAUAGAAGUAAAGUUAUUUAAGGUCACUGAUACUCAAAACACAGAAGAAGACAUUUCAAUAAAACCAAAUGAGGUACAUACUGUCCAAUGCGACAGUAGUUCGGAGCUGGAUAACACUGAAGAUCUGGAGCACACUUGUAAGACCCUGACAAUUGUAUCUCAAAAUAACGAACUAGGCGUUGAUCCAACCAGCAAAGAGAUUAAAGAAAAACUGAUUGAUGAAAUGUACAAAAGUUUUGGUGACGAAAUCUAUGACGAACUAAACGAACCUCUCGAAAUGAUUUUGUCUGCAGGCACAACCAAUUACCGCCCAGAAGACAUACUUUGCUGUGAGGAGAACAAGACACCGAGGGACUUUUAUCAAAAUGAUGAGGAUCCAUGCUUUACACCGAAAACUAAAGAACAACUAGAAUUUGAGCAGGACUGUGCCAUUGCCAAUGAUAAGUGUGCUCAUGAUUUGGAGGAAAUGGGUAGCCAAUUGGAGGAGGAUCUGGCGGAACUCAGACAGUCCACUGAGCAUUUAGUCGGGCCUCUGAAUAACGAGACUGAACAAACCGACUCUGAAGCGGAUGAGGAGGUCCUGACAACGCAGCAGGAUCCCAAGUCUCCGAUUAUUACGCAGCAAUUCGAAGAGCGUCGUAAGCAAAUGCUGUUAAGACAAGAGGCCAAAGCCAAGGAAAGAGAAUCUUUACGGAAAGAUACAAGUAAUACAGAUACAAUCCUACAAGAGACGGUCGAAGACGACGAGCAGGACCAAUUGUUUGCCAAGAUAUUAGACGACGCUACGGAUAAUGUUCCCAAGCGCAUCUUUGGCUCUGGCUGUGAUGCACCCAGUCAGGGGUGGUCACAGGAAGAGUGCAUGCGUCAGUUGACUCUCUCCGAGGUGACCGAAAUCCUUAAGGAAGAGGAUGUCUUUACCAAACCCAUAACGAAGAACACAAGUGCCGAGGAGGCUGAGGAAAUUUGCAUUCGAAUGGACCAAAAACUGGCUGCCGACGAGCAGGCACUACGUAAGUUGCUGCAGGACUUGGAGGAUGAGGCCGACGUAGCUUAUGAUAUUGAGACAAAGGUGGAGUACGAGGAGGAAAUCAUCACGACUCCAGAAACCGAUGUUGUUGGUAUAUGCACUUCCCUGCUAGAUGAUAUUAUUUUUGAGCUGACCUUCAACGAGAUAUUGCGGGCCCAGAAACCGAAGAGUUUUGAGUUUGGACCAAUCGAAUCUGACGAGGAGUUCAGUUACUCUACUGAACCGAAGCUGGAGAAGUUGGUGCCCCCCGAAUUGGAGGACCCGGCCCGUGGUAAAAGCCUUCGCGAAUGCCUGGACGUCUUUUCAGACUUUGUCACUUCCAUGGCUGAUCCCAAGUUGCCAUGUAUGCUGGGUCGCAAUCCGACCUCGGGUGUGGAGAAAAUUCGGGCCGCCCAGGAGUUGCUGAAGUCAAAGAAUCUGGCGGAGCUUAAUAAGGAUACGGCUGAAAGCCUGGACGCCCAAAUAGCCAAGGAAGCUGAGAGGGUCAAGAGGCGCGUGGCAGCCUCCGCUACCCGGUGUUUUGAUCAACGAGAGAAAUAUGAGGACACUUUAGAGGUGGUGGAGAACAGGUUGAUGGUGGUCAAGAAGGACUCUGGGGAGCUGGAAGAACUGCCACCUCCACCAGCCCUGAUCAGUGACACAGAGUCCGAGGACUACGACACAGCCGAGGAGGACUAUACACCUGGCAAGGGGGAUAUUCGACGUCCGUGGACAACUCCCUACAAGCCGAAACCUCGGAGAUCUGAGGAACAUCUAGUCACCGAGGCCAUGCAGCAAUGUCGCGUGGAGUCCGCAUCUCAAGGUUUCCCAGACGAGGGUAAGGAGAACGAUCCGGUCGAGGACGAAUUCUAUUCACUGGAAGCUAUGACAACCUUCGGGAACCUUGACUCCGAGUUCUUUCAAAAGCUGAAUCUUGAGAAAGUCACUGGAAGCGAUGAUGCAGAAUCGGCCAUCGAGUGCAUGCGAAGCUACAACGAACUUAAGGCAUGCAUGAAGACCGGUUCGACGGAGCACCAGUUGACCAGAGAGGAGAACGAGAUGUUGCAGGAAAUGCUCUCCAAGGAGGAAUCCGAAGUAAGCAAGUCCAAGCAGAGCAAUCCUCAAUUGGAUGAGGAGAAUGACCUGCUGAAGAAAAUGGUUCAACGCAUGAAAGAGUUCGAGGAACGGGAGCGUCAGCUUCAACUUGUACCGGAGGAACUUCCCAAGGAGCUGGAUCCCAUCAACUUGUCCCAGGGUGGGUCUAAGCUAUUCGAAAUUUCAGAGGCGGAGAUAGUAAGCUCGGAAAUUAUUGCUGAUCGGAACAUGGAAACUGGAGUUGAAGAAGGUAAAACUAAAGUAGAUCAAGAAAACUCAUCUCGGAUUAAGGAAAGCGUUCAUCCAUUGGUCAAGGAUCAAGAAAGUCCGAAAAAUGUCAGUAUUGACGACGAUAUUCAGUCGGAUCCUUCAACCGAUUAUGAGUCUGGCGAAGAGAUAGUUGUGGUAGAGCCGCCAAAACUCCCCGAGGCAGUGCUUAAAUCCUUCUUCUCUGAAGGUUUUGAGGCAGAAUUAAAAAUGGUUAAUGAACUUGAGGAAGCCACUCGUCGAAACCUUUACAGCCUUCAGGCAAAACAAUUGCUUAGAUCAACAACGAAUGAUGGUUCCUUGCCUGAGAAAAAUGUACAAGAAAACCAAAAGGACAAAAAACCUAAUUCUGAACAAUCUGCAGCCGCUAAGGCCAAAUGGGCCAAAAUAGCUGAUAGAUUACACGAGUUUCUUGAUCCUGAAACGAUCGCAAUGUUAGAUAAACAAGAGUUUGCUGAGAGCGAUGAAUGUGAAGACGAAGAGGAUGAAAACUUUCUUUCAGAGUUAAAAUGCGCCUCAGGGGACUCAGCAUUGAUUGGAAAGAAAGAUGAUGAUAAUAUUGAUCAAAAUAUUGGCGAUGGAAAUCCAUGUCCUUCUAAAGUUAAAGAAAACAUUUACAUGGAAAACCAAGAUCAAAAUUUAGGAAGUAAUCAAGGCGAAGGCGAUCACAUUGGAACUACUUCAGCACAAGAUACAAUUAUGGAGAAAUCAACCGAAUUUGAAGAUAAUUCAAUUGAGGGAACUGAAAAGCCCAAUGAAAAUGAAAAGCAACCUCAAGAAGUUCCCACAACUAAGCCCUUUACGAUUGACUACUUUGAGGCAACAGAACCAAAUGAAUCUGAAACUUUUGGGGACUCGGAAACUUAUAAAACAGAACAAAUUCAGUGUAACCUUGAGAUACUAAACGAUGAUGGAGACGUUGUGGUUAAAGAGGUCAAAGUCAGUGCUCAGGUGACCUUCAAGUAGGCCAACUAUGAAAUUUAUGUAGAGUAUUUAUUAUUUUUUUUAAUUUAAUUUGUUUCCCACUUUGUGUAAGUAAAUUGAUGAGCA